AUGGAGACAGUGAACAAAUACGUGACCGCCGCUUCGACCGCCAUCUGGGGCCAAAAUGGAGACCCCAAUGUCACACAGAUCACCCAACAACAUGGUGAAGAGCCCCUCUCUGGUGUCCAGGGUAAAGGAGAAACUACAGACCCUUACGAUGCUGGAAACCGUGAUGAACAACCCGGCGCUCCCAAAUCAGAUGGAAACACCGCACCUCAAGAGCCCAACCUAGGCGGCAAGACACAAACUUUCGAAGAAGCCGCCGUCACAUCAGACCCCGUUGCUACCAAAGCUGCAGGCACAACCCAAACUUUCGAAGAAGCCGCCGUCACAUCAGACCCCGUUGCUACCAAAGCCGCAAGCACAACCCAAACCUCCGACCCUGAAGAUACCAGCUCCACAGCCGCUAUCAGCAGCUCCGCACAGCCGGUCUCCAGUGGAUCGACUGAGUCCAACAAGGACAAGGAAGUCGAUAACGAGCAACGUAGCUCUUCACAGAGCUCAGGUGAAAGCAGUUCGGUUCCGCGCCCCGCCCACCCCGAAGCAAGCAUAGAGGCUCUCGAAGGUCCUCAAGGCCCCCCACCAAAGCCGGCUGAGGAAUUUGAAAAAGAAGCCAAGGGCAAGGCACCUGCGAAAGAGGAGAGCGACAAGAGCGACAACAGCUUGACCGAUUCCAAAGAUAGCGCCCCCAAGAACGACACUUCCAAGACUGGUGACUCGCCUACUAGUAGUAACAAGUCUUCACACUCUCAGGACAGUGGAAAGAGUAGCAAGUUGGCUAAGGUGAAAGAGAGUGUGAAGAAGCACCUCCAUCACUCGAGCAAAUAA